AGAAUGUUUAUUUUUCAUCGUUAAUCGUAACAUCAGUAGACUGUUCCUUUAAUAAGUUUGGUUUUAUUUUUAAGUAAACAAAUUGUUUUAAAAAAUAAUUACCCGUUUUGUGAUUAGAUAUUAAAAACCUAUUUAAUUUUUGGUUGGAGUUAUUGCUAAAUUACCUGACAAAAUGAGCGACGAAUUGACUAAGGAGCAAACUGCUCUGCUACGAAACGCAUUUAAUGCUUUUGAUCCAGAAAAAAAUGGCUAUAUCAAUACUGCAAUGGUUGGUACAAUUCUUAGUAUGUUGGGUCAUCAACUUGAUGAUGCUACAUUGGCUGAUAUUAUCGCUGAAGUCGAUGAAGAUGGAUCGGGUCAAAUCGAAUUUGAAGAAUUUACUACAUUGGCCGCCCGAUUCCUUGUUGAAGAGGACGCCGAAGCUAUGAUGGCUGAGCUGAAAGAAGCGUUUCGUCUUUACGAUAAAGAAGGAAAUGGAUAUAUUACUACCAGUGUUCUUCGAGAAAUCCUGCGCGAAUUAGAUGACAAAUUGACUAAUGACGAUCUGGAUAUGAUGAUUGAAGAAAUUGAUUCCGAUGGUUCAGGAACUGUGGAUUUUGAUGAAUUUAUGGAAGUUAUGACUGGUGGCGAUGAUUAAAAAGCAAUCUAAAAUAAUACCUUUCUAUACUACUGACAAAACAAGAAAAAAUGUCGUUGUAAAUUAUUAAAACCUUGAAAUGUGUGGACUUAAAUUGUUUAUAAAAAAUGAUUAAGAAAUUAAAGUUAUAUCAGAUGUUAAGUUAAACAAUAAAGAUCCAGAAUACAAGUUAGUUAUCGAUUAAA